AUGCCUCCUAAACUGGCAAAAGAGGUUUUUGCAAUGAGGAGGAGAAGGGCAAACAUAAGGACUGAAACUUAUGUAAUAAUGAAACCUGGACAGAAUGAGGAGUUUGUUUCUAAGGAUGAAUUGAGGGACAGGUUGAAGGGUAGGCUCGAAAACCGGCCAAGCAAGGCCCUGCCACUUGACCUUGGUAGAUUUGAAACCAUCGAUGAUGCUGUUUCCUACCAAGUAAGGUCUGUCUGUGAACUUUUGAAAUCGAUGGAGAUGUUGGUUCAAUCCAAUGGAAUGGCUUUUGUUAGUAGAAUUGGUAGCAUUCUUAAACAGACAGUGAGCAAGCACACCAAUUCGGAAUUAUCUGCCUCCAAUACAUCACUUUACCAGGCCAUAAGAUGCAUGUCAUCUUCAAAGCUCUUUGUUGGAGGUAUCUCAUAUGCUACUGAUGAAAUGAGUUUGAGAGAAGCGUUUGCACAAUAUGGGGAAGUAGUGGAAGCUAGGAUUAUCAUGGAUCGUGAGACUGGUAGGUCCAGAGGCUUUGGCUUUGUAAGCUAUACAUCAAGUGAUGAGGCUUCCAGCGCCAUGCAGAACCUAGACGGACAG